AUGGGCAAGGCGGCACGCUGGUUCCGCGGCUUCCUGGGCGGUGGCGGUGGCGGUAAGAAGGAGCAGAACAAGGACCAGAAGCCCAUAGUCCCAGCUAGCAAUGCCAAGCGCUGGAGCUUCGGUAAGUCGUCGCGGGACUCGGCCGAGGCCGCCGCCGCAGCAGCUGCGGUAGCUACGUCGGCCUCCGGUGGCAAUGCCGCGAUCGCGAGGGCGGCGGAGGCGGCCUGGUUCAGGUCGGUGUACGACGAGACUGACCGGGAGCAGAGCAAGCACGCCAUCGCCGUGGCCGCGGCCACCGCGGCGGCGGCCGACGCGGCCGUGGCUGCGGCCCAGGCCGCCGUCGCCGUCGUGCGUCUCACGAACAAGGGUCGGCCCGCUGCUGUCCACGCCGGCGACCACCCUCGUGGCCCCGGCGCCGCGGCUGUCCGGAUCCAGACGGCAUUCAGAGGUUUCUUGGCAAAGAAGGCGUUGCGAGCGCUCAAGGCACUGGUGAAGCUACAAGCGCUGGUGCGCGGGUACCUCGUGCGCAAACAGGCGGCUGCCACGCUGCAGAGCAUGCAGGCGCUCGUCCGCGCGCAGGCCAGCAUGCGCGCCCACCGCGCCGGCGCCAGCGCCGCUCUCCCGCAGCUCCACCACUCCUCUUUCCGGCCGCGCCGAUCCCUGCAGGAGCGAUAUGCGGACGACACGCGGAGCGAGCACGGGGUGGCGGCGUACAGCCGGAGGCUGUCGGCGAGCAUCGAGUCGUCGUCGUACGGGUACGACCGGAGCCCCAAGAUCGUGGAGAUGGACACCGGCCGGCCCAAGUCGCGGUCGUCGUCGCGCCGGGCGAGCUCCCCGCUGCUCGACCCCUGCGAGGAGUGGUGCGCCGCCAACAACCCCAUGACCUCGCCGCUGCUGCCGUACCACAUACCAGGCGGCGCGCCGCCUCGCAUCGUCGUCUCGGCCCCGCGCCACCUCCCGGAGUACGACUGGUGCGCGAUGGAGAAGGCGCGGCCGGCCACGGCGCAGAGCACGCCACGGUACAUGUUGAACGCGCCGGCCACCCCGACCAAGAGCAUGUGCGGCGCUGGCGGCUACUCGUCUUCCUCGCUGCUCAGCUGCCCCAGCUACAUGUCCAGCACGCAGUCGUUCGAGGCCAAGGUGCGGUCGCACAGCGCGCCGAAGCAGCGGCCGGAGCCCCCCGCCGCCGCGACCACGAACCGGAAGCGGGUGCCGCUGAGCGAGGUGGUGGUGACGGAGUCCCGGGCCAGCCUGAGCGGCGUGGGCAUGCAGCGGUCGUGCAACCGGGUGCAGGAAGCUUUCAACUUCAAGACAGCCGUCGUCGGCCGCCUCGACCGCUUGUCGACGGGGGCCACCGAGAACGACCGGCAGGCGUUCGUGCAGAGGAGAUGGUGAUCUAUGCUCUGUUCUAGACUUCUAGUCGCUGGGAGACGACGAGAGCUUUGCGUAAUUAGCAAUAAGGAUGCGUUUUGAUGCGUUCUUUGAAGCUCUCGUCCUUGAUUUUGGUUUGCUAUUGUUUCGAUUUGAGAUCCGUCGUGUGAUUUGUGUCUGUGGGUGGCAAAAAGGUGUACCAGGAAAAUUUCAUCCGUGGUGCACUUGGAUGUAAAUUCUUGUUCUACCCAUGUGUUCUUCCA